AUGACGAUCUCAGCGCGCUCCCCGGACCAGGAGCCGUCGCCCCCGAAGCAGAUCAACCUCGCGGAGCCGCUGGUGGAGUCGGUGCGCGUAUACCUGGCGAAUGAGCUGCCCGCCAAGCGGCUAGUGCAGCCGGCCGGCCGGGCGCCGCCCACGCCGCCGCCCGCCGCCUGUCACGCGGACAUCGGCGGCGACACGGCGCGCCAGGACAUCCGCGGCAUCAACUUCGAGCCCCGGCUGCGGCGCAAUGACGUGAACAACAACGCCGCCGCCUCGCGCCGCUCCGCCGCCACUCACACCGGCCCCACCGCCACCGCCACCGACGCCAUGCCCAGCCAGGCCGAGCUGAUGCAGCGCCAACCGCUGCUGGCGCGCAACGCCAAGCCGGACGCCCCGCAGCCCACCACCGACGACUCGGACCCCGACCAGGAGCACUCGCCGCAGCGCACGCACGCCUCCGACUUCGUGGUCGAGAUCCCGGCCGGCACCGUCCGCGAGGAGCGCUACCCCAAAGAGAUAUGGAAGACCAUAAUCUCCUUUAUUUUCCUCUUCCUCUGCGUCUGCAUCAACAUGAUGUCGCUGUCGCUCGUGCACGAGCGCUUGCCCGACAGAAACACCACCCCGCCCCUCACCGAUUUCAUCCUCGACAACGUCACCGCGAGGGAUUGGGGAUUGGCCGUCUCCGAGUACCUCAUCAUGGUAUCCACGACGGUCGCGAUGCUCGUUGUCGUGUUCCACAAGCACCGGUUCAUCGUCGCGCGACGCAUGUUCUUAAUAAUCGGCCUGCUGUACCUGUACCGUUCGGUGACCAUGUUCGUGACCGUGUUGCCGGUCUCCAGCACCACCUACUACUGCAGCCCCAAGAGCAACAACACGACACCGCUACUGGUGAUCAGGAGAAUGUUUUAUCUCAUCUCUGGCUUCGGGCUGUCGAUUAACGGCAAGCAUACUUACUGCGGCGAUUACAUAUACUCUGGCCACACCAUGGUGCUGGUGCUCAGCUACCUGAUCGUGGCGGAAUACUCGCCCAAGAAGCUGUGGCCCGUGCACUGGGCCAUGUGGGGCUCGGCACUGCUGGGCGUGUCGUUCGUGCUGCUCGCGCACGGCCACUAUACGGUGGACGUGGUGAUCGCGUACUACGUGACCACGCGACUCUUCUGGACAUUCCACUCGCUGCUGGUGACGCCGCACCGCAGCGGCGGCGGUUACAACCAGUACAUGAUCCAGCGCGAAUGGUGGUACGGGCUGUUCACGUACCUGGAGCGCAACGUGCGCGGGCCGGUGCCGCGCCGCUACGACUGGCCGCUGCCCUGGCCGCGCACCAAGCUCUUCAGCCGGCUCAGC